AUGGGGCUCCAGCGCUGGUGGGAGCAGGACAUCCCAGUGGACACCGCCAUAAACAAGGGUGAGCUGAUGACCCACAACCUGACGGAGCUGAUCAAACCAGAGUCCUACGAGGUGCGACUGAUCCCCAUCACGCGCUUUGGAGAGGGAGACUCUACCAUCCGCAUCGUCACCUACAGCGCGAACCACACGGUGACGGAGGAGAUGAGCCGUGGCAGAAGCGACACAUUAGUUACUGCUGACCUUCUGCUGCGGCGGAGGUGGACCGAGGCCUACGGCCCGUCGUCUAUGAUGUUGUCCAAUCAGUCGUGA